AAUAAUUAAAUAAACAAACGGAUGUGAAUCCGCCGAUAUCACCGACAUCCUACGACCCGGUUUCAAGCGACCAUCGUUGGUGCCUGCAGGCUUACGGUGGGCCGUGCGGGGGAAGAAGCGUCCAGCCGGGGAGGAGCAGGAAACCGCUGAAGUGGAUGGUGGGGAUGAUGAUGCUAUUCAGGCCCUCAUGUUUCUCUGCACGCCCCGCUAAUACACAGGGACUGCCGGACUGGUGGUGGUGGUGAGGAUUAUCCAGGAGGCUGGAGGAAGGAGGAAGAGGGGGGAGGCAGCAAAGCGCAUCAUCCGGAGAGGACUGUUUGUCAGAGAGGCUAACCGACAGAUAACGCGGAACAUUACGAAAUUAAUCGAAAAUCAAAAAGAAAAACCAAAAUCAAAACCCGGAAUAGGCUUUUGCACGUGGAUAAUUUUGCUUAUUUAGCCUAUAGACUAUAAUUUUCUAAGGAUAACGUUACUGGCCUUCAGUGAAGAAAGUCAUUUCAUGAUUAUUGGUGAAACGCACGCAGAUCCAACGCAACUGAGUGGGAAUCAGCCAAUUUCAGUAUUGUACUCACACCAAUUGCAGUUGUAGUCGUCAGAAAGUGUCCCACUAUUUCUUUGUAGGGCUGUGUAUCUGUGGUGUUUUCGGGGGCAGCUGGGAUUGCUGAGGUUGGGCGUUCAUUUCGCUUUUUGGGGGUGUAGGACCACAUUGGACGCUCCAUAUUCGAGGUUGGACUCCACGGAGAGAAGAUGUCGGGUCAGACGCUGACGGACCGCAUCGCCGCGGCGCAGUACACCCUGACGGGAUCCGAGGUGUGCCGAGCUGUGUGUAAAGCCACCACACAUGAACAGACGGCUCCAAAGAAGAAGCACCUGGAAUACUUGGUCCAGGCCACCCAGGAGACCAAUGUAAAUGUCCCGCAGAUGGCUGACACACUGAUGGAGAGGGCUGGUAAUGCCAGCUGGGUGGUGGUUUUCAAAGCCCUGAUCGCCACACACCACCUCAUGGUGCAUGGUAAUGAGAGAUUCUUGCAGUUUCUAGCAUCUAGAAACACCUUGUUCAACCUCAGCAACUUCCUGGACAAAACUGGCUCUCAUGGCUAUGACAUGUCCACAUUUAUCAGACGCUACAGCCGCUAUCUCAAUGAGAAGGCCUUUGCCUACAGACAGAUGGCUUUUGACUUUGGCCGAGUCAAGAAAGGAGCUGAGGGAGUGAUGAGGACCAUGUCAGUAGAGAAGCUGUUGAAAGGCAUGCCCACCCUGCAGAGCCAGAUCGACGCACUGCUGGAUUUUGAUGUGCAUCCACAGGACCUGAACAACAGAGUGAUAAAUGCCUGCUUUCUCCUGCUCUUCAAAGAUCUGAUCAAGCUAUAUGCUUGCUACAAUGAUGGCAUUAUUAACCUGCUAGAAAAAUUUUUCCAGAUGAAGAGAAGCCAGUGCAAAGACGGACUGGAAAUCUACAAGAGAUUCCUGACACGAAUGACUCGGGUUUCUGAAUUCUUCAAAAUUGCUGAGCAAGUUGGAAUAGACAAAAAUGACAUACCUGAACUCACUCAGGCCCCAGAAAGUCUUCUGGAGUCCCUGGAGACCCACCUCAACACUCUGGAGGGGAAGAAGUCCGAGGACAAGUCACCUACUAAGGAGCCAACAGCCAACAACAGCUCGCCCGCUGUUGCUGCUGCUGCCCCAGCCAAGCCUGCGCCUCCUGCUGCCGCUGGUGGGCCCACUGGUGGGCCCCCUGCUCGCCCCGUGCCACCUGCCAAACCCCCUCCGCCCUCUAUCACUCCCACUGCACCAGUUCUUGCCUCAACUACUGCUACAACCAAUGCCCUUGAUGAUGGGUUCCUGUUGGAUUUAGAUCCCAUGUCCUCCUCCUCGGCAGGAGGGACUGCAGCGGCGUCCUCUAUGACUGGAUGGGGAGAUCUCUUGGCUGAGGGAGAUGGUCCUGCUGUCGUGGCCGCUGGCCCUGCUGCUGAUGCAUUUGGUGGAUCUGACCCCUUUGCCACAACAGAGGGCAGUGCAGCCAUUGCUCCAGAGCUAGACCUGUUCGCCAUGAGGCCCAGCGAGACAGGGGCCACUGCCACCCCUCCCACCUCUAGUGAGGCGCCAACCAUCGCUGCCCCUGCCGCCCCCACCCCUUCUUCCACCACCACUACCACUACUGACACCACCACCACAGAGUCUGCAGCCGCCCCGACUCUAGAUAUCUUUGGUGAUAUGUUUGAUUCUAUGCCUGAGCAAAGCCCCACCACAGAAUCCAAAGCUGCUACUACUCCUAGCGUAGACCUUUUUGGUGCAGACCUUCCUGCUGUUUCACGUGGCCCCUCUCCUUUGCCUGAGCCGACUCCGGCUGGAGACAUUGUGACCGACUCGUUUACAUCUCCACCUCCUCCUGCAACUGCUCCUGCUCCAGAACCUGUUCCAGAGGCAUCUUCUCCACCCAAAGCAGAGCCAGCACCAGUCAUUGACCUGCUGGACUCCUUUGGCAGUCCUGUGAAGGAGACACAGAGCUCUGCUCCUGGAGGACCUGGAGAUGACCUGCUAGGAGGCCUGAUGUCCCCCACUGCAGCCCCAGGUCUGGCUCCCUUGGCUCCAGCCUCAGCUUCAUUACAGAAUGAUCUCCUGGAGUCAGGUUUUGACUCCCUGGGCUCCCUGCCUUCUCUAACAGCACCAGUACCUGCUGCAGUUACAGCGAUACCAGUGGUGCCAGCUGCUGCAGCACCAGAACCUUCAACCACCAUGCCAGCACCCUCUGGUGGCUUUGAUGCUUCAAUGUUUGAUGGAUUAGGUGGCUUGCUGAUGCCCGCUGUAACGCCACAAAGCACUGGGGGCAGCACUGCUGGAAGCACAGCUGGAAGCAUGGGAACUCCUGUCACAGCGGGAGGCAUUGCAGCUGCUCCAUCUGCCACCCCACCUCCCACCAAAACUAUUGGAGGAGACCUGGACUCGUCACUGGCCAACCUGGUUGGAGAUCUUGGAGUAAAGAAAAAAGACCCACAGAGUGAGAAGAAGCUGACAGGAGGGGCCAACUGGAUGCCACAGGUAGCCCCCACAAGCUGGGCCACACCAGGAGCCCCCAUGGCUGCUGCUGGAACACCAGGAGCUCCAGGGGCAGCUCCACCUGGUGGAGCCAUUGUGCCACCAAUGAGCACACAGCCUGGCUUUGGCAUGCCUCCAGCAGGAGGGCCUGGAGCUCCCAUGAUGCAGCCUAUGAUGGGGCAGCCGAUGAUGGGACAGCCCAUGAUGAGACCUCCCUUCACAGGGGUGGCUGGUGGAGCACCGAUUUCUCCAGGACCUACAAGCCAGAGUCCCAAGAAGCCCAAGGACCCUCUGGCAGAACUCGACCUGAAGGACUUCUUAUAAUGCCCCAGCUGUGUUCUCAUCUGGUGCAGGGCCCGCACCUUCUACAGUACCUGGUGUCUGUCAACAUCUCAGGAUGCCAGCAAUGUUCAGCUACUCAACCAUAUAAGAGCCCCCCCACCCCCCUCCCGUCAACACCCCACCCUUCUCCUGUGUGAUGUCGUAGCACAAACUGUGAAAGUGAACCAUAGCAGACAUUUCAGCAUACAUAUAUGAGGGGGAAAAAAACUCAAGCUUGUGCUAAUGUAGAUGUACUAAUCUUUUGUCUGAACAAAAUCACGCAAAAUGCUGAAGAAAAAAGUCCACAAAACUAAGUGAAAGAAAGUGAAGGUGUAUGUGUUUAGAGUUCCUUCUUGUGCUGAUUUGAAUGAUGGAUGUGUUUUGGUGUCCUAAUCUCCGCUCACCACCCACAUUUUUGUCCCCGCCUCCUUAUGAAGGGGGAUGAGCUCUUCUUUGUGCCACUCAGAUUGGAUGAGAGUGGUAAACGAAGCUCCCUUAGAUUUUCAGCAAAUGAUGUUGUGUGUUGUUUACAGAAAGGUCCUCUGUGAUGUACAUAGGUUUCUCUCGUGAGGAUUCCGUCUCUGUUCUGUGUGUCUGUUGAAGAGAAAUAUAAACAUGAAUCUGAUCUGAAUCUGUAAGAAGUCGUGUGAGUAUCCUAUUUCCUGUCAUCAUUUGGGAGUAUUUGGAGACAAAUAUAAAUACCACUAUAAGAUUAAUAUACUGUAUAUACUGAAACAACUUGUACGGGCUUCUGAAUCUUAAAGACCAGCAGUAAUCCCUUCUGUUUGUUUCAUUUGUACUUGUGGCUUAUUUAUUUUUUUUGUUUUGUUUCUUGUCUUAUUGUUUUGUUAUUUAUAUGCCAUCUCUUUUAGAAUAAUCCUACCGACUGCUGUUGAUGUUUGCUGGCAUUAUUAAGAACAUAUCUCACAACUUACUUUCAGAGAAUACGUUUGUUAUUCAUCAUAGAGGUGAAUUCACACUGUCACACAAUACAACUGUCAGGUCAGUAUGAUAAUUGCCAUACAAGCUCUAUGUUCAGACAGUUUGUUGAGCUCAAAUUUAAAUCAUGAUAUGGGCUUUAAAACUGAAAACAAAACACAGAAAAGUGUUGUGGCUCUACUCACUCUAGUGUUACCAGGAAAAACAAAAAUUCACAAUGAGGACUAGGUUUUCUUCAAAACAAGAUCGUUUACAAACCCAGUGGGGGCCCACUCAGCAAACCAAUGCUUGUGCAGUGAAGAACUCCACCAGGUACCCUUAACUUAUAUGUUACUAGCCUGUUGUACCCAGUGCUGUUGGACAAGACAGGCCAUAUGUCUGUGUCUGUGCUGCUUCUUUACUGUUUAAAUUACAGAAAAAUCAUUGAAAGAUGCUAAUAAUCUCUGGUAACCUGAAAAUGUAUAGAUGAACAGCAGGAUUUGGCAAAUAAAUUUAAUUUUGACUGCUGUCUGGAGAUAUAUGGUGUUUAUUACUUCUGUAAUACUGUGUAGGGCCACAUGAGAACAGUGUGUACAGGAAGCCACUGGGGGUCGCUGUUGAACCUUCUCACCACGAUCUUGUUCCCAACAAGCAUCUAAAGGCAAAGCUCCUCUGUUCCCACUUCUUACAAUGGAGUCAGUUUGUCCUGAGUGUUGACAUGCAUUUGGACAACAUGUGGCACCAGAGUCUAGUUUUGUGCUGUGAAGUGCACGCACUUGUAAAGCUCAUACUCUGCGUGUUGUCAUUUCAGUGGAUUGUACAAGUGAUUGGUUGUGAGAAUCAGAUGCGACUCAGAGAAAAUGAUGAAACUAACAUUUUUCAAAUUGUAUUUUUGUUUAGUUGUAAAUUUAUUUUAUUUACAAUGGCCCUUCCCAGUGCAUGUAAGCCCUUUGAGAUGCAAUAAAUUCAAUGACAGAUUGAA